UCGACGUAUUUUUUUGGAUUAAUAUUGCGUACAGUAGCGAUUGUUUUUAAAAAAAUCGAGUGGUGGAACGCGGCGCCCGUAAGUUCAGUGCAAAUUGUGUAGCCAAUCAGAUCGUUCGCUACUAGUAGUACAAAUCACGUGUUUAAAAGUUUUCCGAGCGCAACUGAAAAUUUUCUCGAGUUUAGGUACAUGUUUAUUAUAUUGUUCAAUUAUAUUAUUAACGAAAUAAUAUGAGUUUACAAAGUUAUGCUUAAGGAUAAUUAAAAAUAAAUAUUAUAUACUUAGAAAUAUAAAUUUAAAUUAGAUCGCAGUAGAGCCAGUAGGUACUUAACUGAAUUUUAAGAAAAAAAAAAGGAAUCAUCGUUACGUAAAAAUGAAAAAAGAAACAGUUUUGUUAUAUCUUAUAUUAUGGACAAAAAUAAGCGUGUUGAACGCUGAAGAGUUACAUAAAGAGAUACCGGCGUCUUUGCUACAGAAGAAAGACCUAGCGUUAUCGGUAUGCAGCGAUUUAAUCAAAAAUGAAUCGUAUUCCAAUGUUAGCACGAAGGAGCGCGAGGAUCGUAAAAUAUGUGAAAAUAACUUUUUAAGUCACUACCACAUAUCUAAAAAACCACCAAAAGUAACGAUAAGAGAGCGGACGUCAUACAAAGUUUCGUUCACAGUGACGCCGUCGAAACAUACACAAAUAGUAGCGUUGCUCAAUGAACAUAGUAACGACGAGAUCAUAUAUUACAGCCUUAUCAAAAACAAUGAAAAGCCCAACGCAAUAUACCCCGAUCCUGAGGAAAACUAUACUUUCUGGUCAGCUGCACUGAGCCCUACCGGCACCCCCUCGCUGUGGAGACGAGGGCCGGCUUUACAAUCAUGGAAACAAUAUCAUGUCGAGAAACAGUAUGAUAUUAAGUUUAAGUUUUUGAUGGAUUCAUAUAAAAAUGAUUCGUAUUACAUACCUGGUCAGUUUUCGUGGAAUUCUAGUGAUCCUACAGAUUCAGAUUUUAGAGUAAUAAAUAAUUGCGUGAAAGAAAUCCAAGGAAAUAUGUACAAUAAAAGGAUCGGACCAAAUCGCACCGUGGUAUUGCAAAGGUUGCCUCUAAAUGAUACGUGCACGAUACGCGUGAAGGGAAAAUACGGCAUGACUAAUGUUACGUACCGGACGCCUGCUUAUGAAAAUGUGUCCCUAUGUGAGCCACCGCCAGAAAUACCAAGUAAUUUAUCUACGGAGGCAUUGCAAGAAGGGAAUUCAAAUCUUUGGUCGGUGCGAGUGCGAUGGGCAAAGCCCAGGCGCGCGCCUCACGACUACAACGUUACUUUACGUGCACACACCAUACACAGUCGAAAUGUUACAGGGAACGUAACAGAAGUGAAGUUCAAAAACGUGAAAGGAGAGGGGAUGUAUAUCGUGUCUGUAGUCGCGCGAGUUCCUGGCAGACCUCCAGCAGUUGCCACUCUAAGGAGCAUAUUUCCCGCUCGAGUGACCACGCCGGGGUCAACCGGCCUCAUGAUGGGCGCGUCGUGGGCGGCGGCGCUGCUCACCGUGAGCGCGCUGCUCAUGAUCAUUCUCUACGUGCGCAGGAGACUGGCCACUAAGCGCUGCGCUAACAUAUACUACCCGGGAAUCCUUGAGAAAACACCGGAAGAUAUUGACAAAGACACAGGCAGUCCUGAAUCCGGUUCAGAGGACCACUGGGAGAUUCGUCCGGAUCGUUUGCUCCUGCAUGAAAUCAUCGGAGAAGGUGCCUUUGGCGUCGUACGAAGGGGCACCUUGGCACCAGCUAACAAAAAUGUGGCUAUUAAAAUGCUAAAAGAUUUCCCAUCCCUGGAGGAGAUCCGGUCGUUCCGCGCGGAGAUGGAGCUGAUGAAGAGCGUGGGCGCGCACCCGCACGUGGUGAGCCUGGUGGGCUGCUGCAGCGGCCGGCGACCCCUCAUCGUGGCCGAGUACUGUAGCCGCGGAGACCUCUUGUCCUACCUCAGAUGCUCAUGGGACCUGAUGCUGUCAAGGCGUAACGUCAAGUACUACAACAAUAACAAAGAAUCCAUCAACUAUCGCAACGACCUGUUUAAAAAUAAACCCGACUCGAGAUUUGUUGCGAACCGCCUCUACGAAUUUGAGGAAGUUUGCGACACCGAACUCACUUUACUUGACCUGCUUUCCUUCUGUCGACAAAUUGCUAUGGGCAUGGAGUUUUUAGCUUCAAACCGAGUAAUUCAUAGGGACUUAGCGGCUAGAAACGUAUUAGUAACUGCUGAUAGGACAUUGAAAAUAGCCGAUUUUGGUCUAUCGCGAGACGUGUAUCAAGAAAACCAGUAUAAGCAGAAAAGCAACGGCAAGAUGCCCGUGAAAUGGAUGGCGUUGGAGUCUUUAACGCAUCGGAUUUAUACAACACAGACUGAUGUGUGGUCGUUCGGCGUGGUGAUGUGGGAGGUGGUGACGUUGGGAGGAGCGCCGUACGCCGGCGUGAGCGCCGCAAGGUUGCCGCGCUUGCUAGCGGCGGGGUACCGCAUGCCGAGACCGCAAAACUGUAGUGCAUCAUUAUACCAGUUAAUGUUGGCAUGCUGGAACGACCGGCCCCGCUCCCGACCAACAUUCUCAGAGCUGCACGCCACGUUGGACGAGCUGCUGUGUGCCAGCGCCGACCACUACCUCUCCCUCACGCUGCCAGCCUUCGUGCCCGACGACGUCGCUCCCGACGCACCGCUCAGCCGAUACGUGCGCAAUUUGAUGAGAGGGAAGUGGCGGAACGGCAAGAUGUAUGAACGGCCGCUCACCGCGCCCACCAACCACUACACAGCGCAGCCAUCGCCUCUCAUACAAACUUGACUCACUGAAUAGACUCGUUGGAUUUAAAUCAUCAUGAUCAGACAAAUGAACUGAUAAGUUAAAAUAUAAUAGUCGCCAUUAGACAAAUGAGCUCAUUGGAUUUAAAUCAUCGCUAUCGGAAAAAUGGGCUCGUUGGAUUUAAAUCGUCGACGUCAGAAGAAUACGCUUAAUUAAUUUGAAUCAUUGCUAUUAAACAAAUGGAUUCCUUCGAUUUAAAUCAUCAGACGAAUUAACUUAAUGGAUUUAAAUCAUAGAGAUGUUUUAUUUAGAGAAAUACCUAAACGUGAAACGAUUGUACAUAUACAGUUUUAUUUCUUGUAAAACAGGAAUGAGAAUGUUAGUGUACCGUAAUUAUUAUAUUUUAGUUAAUAUGAAUUCCUAUGAUCUCAAGUACGAAAUAUUAUUACUUAUUACGUACGUAAUAAUUAGUUCAAAUUGC